UUGACUAUCUUGUGUAGAAGGUCUUUGACCACAUGCACCUCUGCAUUGAUUUGCAUAUUGAAAGAAAAUGCCACAUUAGCGAAUCAACGUAACGUGGAUGUUUCUGGUUGCGCUGUCAGAUCUACAUAACAUUCUCUGCAAUACGUUAUCUAUGCAGGCGUCUGUUUUAAAAUUAAUGAUAGGUUUUUGAAAAGGCUGUCAUUUUUUUCUUCGUGUGUUAAAGUAAUCUGCUAUUCAUUCAUCUACGCUUUAUUUGGAAUUGUCACAGCAUUCAUUCACAAUGGUUUGCGGCGGGUUUACCUGUUCUAAGAAUUCCCUGUGCGCGCUGAACAUUCUCUACGUUAUGGUGAGUUUGCUGAUGAUUGGGAUUGCUGCUUGGGGGAAGUGGUUUGGCCUUGUUUCCAGUUUCCAGGCUGUGGGCGGAGUUAUCGGAGUCGGGGUAUUCCUCUUCCUUGUGGCAGUUGUCGGAUUGAUUGGUGCCUUGAAGCAUCACCAGGUGUUGCUGUUUUUUUACAUGAUCAUACUCUUCAUGGUGUUUGUUGUCCAGUUUUCAGUAUCGAGUGCUUGUCUUGCGCUAAACAAAGAACAGCAGAAGCACCUGCUUGAGGUAGGGUGGAACAGUUCUGACACCACACAAAGAGAUGUUGAGAAGAGUCUAGAUUGCUGUGGGUUUUCCAGUGUUAAUUACAACGAGACAUGCAGUGCUCCUUGUUUCCAUAAUAAUAAUUACUGCUCGUCAUGUGUAUCUAAAAUACAAGUGCAUACACAAGAGGUUCUGAGAUUUGUUGGAGGUAUUGGGCUAUUCUUCAGCUUCUCUGAGAUUUUGGGAGUGUGGCUAACCUACAGGUAUAGGAACCAAAAGGACCCCCGUGCAAAUCCAAGCGCCUUUCUGUGAUUUGAAAUCAGAAACUGUGCUAAGAAUGUUGCACUUAAUAGUCUUAAAAUGAAUAUCUUUAAUUCUUGGAAGUUACCAGUUUUUAGGGGGUGGGUUCUCUUUAAAUAAAACUGUUUUUUGCAGUGCUGAGACUUGAAAGCUUGGUUUGAUAUACAAUAGCACUCCUGUGAACACACUGCAGUCUACUGUGUGCUUGUAGUCUGAUCUGCUCUCAGAAUUUUAAUUCACAAUCAGGUUCUUAUGUGAUUGAAACACUGUGUUCUUUUAUAAGUGGAGGUUAUGUAGCUGAAAUGUCACUCCAAUCAAAUGUGUAUUUUACUGACAAUAAAAAUGGAAUUUGCAAACAUAUUUAUAACUACAACUUGUAUCAACUUCUAAGGUAGGAAUAUGGUUGACCUCCUGUUACAUAAAGCUUGACACAUUGUUAAGUACAGUACUUGUAUAAGGCUAGAUCUUUUUUUUCAGUUGUGCUUUCUUUCUAAAUGAAAUGUUGGCUUUAAAUGAUUGUUAAUAUAGCAAGUUACAAGAUGUAUUACAUUUAUAUAAUAACAUAAUCCCUAUCUGUGCAAUAGUAAAUGCAAUGUAUAUCACUGAAAAACCAUUUUAGAAGCAGGUCAACGUAAGAAAGACUGCACCUCUCAUAACUGCAGUUUUGUAAUAAGUUAACCUACAGUAUAUUAAACCCCAUGCAUAUUAGUUUUAUGAAACUGUGAACACUGGAUUAGUUAAAAUAAAAAAAGAAACGAUUACCAUAUCAUUACAGCAUGAAAAGUGCACGAAAAUAGAUUGUAUGCUGAGAAUAUAUUGUUGAAAUAUUUGUUUAGUUCUUCUGCAGAAAUGAAAGCAUAUGGAUAAAAUAAAAUAAAAAGCCUGAUUUAAGUUUUAAUUUCUGCUGCAUUUAUUUAAGAGAAAAACACUUUCCUAUAGUUUAGUUAGAGCUGUAAUUUGCCUAAUAAACCUUUUAAAUCCCAGCUGGUGGGUUGAUAAGGGAUACAUGAAAGUGUGUAUGAAGUGAAGGUAAAAUCUAAGCGUAGGUCUACAGUGUUCUAUGUUUUAUCUUUAUUUUCAUAACUGCUGUAUAAAGUAAUGGCCUUCCUUACCUGCUCAGUAUUUUGUGAAUACAUUUGGAUCUGAAACACUUUUCUCAUCCUGUGAUUGAUUGUGUGUGUUUACACGAAUAAAACUCCUGUUAGUGGUAUGUGCUAAUAGACUUGGCGAUUGUGUGCAUUUCAUGUCCUGCUGUAAUUGAUUUGAAAGUAAAAUAAAAAAUACACUAAAAAAUA